CUCGACAACCUCCCCUCACCAAAAUCUCGUGUCUUUUCUGACAAUAACACACUGCUUACGACUCUGGAUCAACAUCGAUCUUGCUCAUUCUUCUCAUACCCAGCCCGUCUCAUCUCCCCGUCGCCACCGCGAACGGCUAUAUAGAUCUAUAGACCCACUCUGGACGACCUCGGCCUCGAGAGUAGAACUUUCAAGAUUUCACCACAAACACCCACUACCCGUUCAGAGCCCCUUCAAGGACCAUCUUCAGACACAGCCCCAAUAGCUAGCUCCUCUCCGGCCUUCUUUACCUGGAAGACCGUCUUGCUCUUUAUCGUCGCACCCCUCAUCCUGACCGCCAUCUUUACUCGACCUAUUCCGUCCUCGCUCCGUCGAUUCGCACCCAACUUCCUUCAAUCAACCUCCGUCUCGACUUCGACGAUCGCCAAACCUACCAUGUCUGCCUCAAACAUCAAAUUCACUCCCCGUAAAUCGGAAGAACGAGGUGGCGCCAACCAUGGCUGGCUCAAGACCUUUCACACGUUUAGUUUUGCCAACUACCAGGACGAGGCGUUCGAGCAGUAUGGUCCCCUUAGGGUUAUCAAUGAAGACCGGGUGAUCCCGACUCAAGGAUUCGGGACGCACGCUCACCGAGAGUUUGAGAUCUUCUCCUACAUCCUCGACGGCCAACUCACCCACCGCGACUCUUUACACAAUACCGAGAUCCUCAAACGAGGCGACCUGCAGAUGACCUCGACGGGAACCGGAAUCCGACACAGCGAGUUUAAUGACAACCCGAAAGAAGGCGUGCAUUUCCUGCAGAUCUGGGCGAUGCCGCAUACGAGGGGCCUGAAGCCGAACUACUACACCAGGCAUGUUUCGGACGAGGAGAAGAGGGACAAGUUGGUCAGGAUCGUCGCGCCUGUUGGUGCCGAGGGGGUCAAGGAUGAGAGGGAGGCAGCGGGUCCCGCACCGGUCCACUCCUGGCUGUCCAUGUCGGCCUCGCUCCUCUCCCCCAAAGCCUCGGUCUCGCAUACGGUCUCUCGUCCGUUCAACCCUUCUGCAAAGACGCAGGCCAAGCGGGUGUACCUUCACCUGGUCCAAUCUUCGGGGUACAACACCCGGGCCAGUUACACACACGCUGACGCUGCCAAGGUCAAGGUCAGCGCCAAAGGAAAGGAUAUUGAGGGUGUAGUCCUGGGAGAGGGAGAUGGAAUGUUUAUUGAUGGAGGUGUUGAGGGGGAUGUGGUCGAGAUUGAAAGCGUUGGCGGGAGGGAGGCCGAGUUUGUCCUAUUCGAGAUGGACUGAGCGAGGGGCGCCGAUUCGGCACAAAUAAGAAGCUCUUGCGACCAUAGGCUUGUAACGUGGACUGCCCAUCGUACCGUACAGAUUUAAUAGAAUUGUGCAUC